CCACUACCAAACUAACCCAAGGCCAAGCCUAAACUAGAGUUUCCUUUCAACCCUUUAUUUUUCCCUUUUAAAACCCUCCAAAAUCUCCCCCUCUUAUAUAUCCCCUUCCCCCUCUCACUCCCAUACCUUAAUUUUUCUCUCUUUCUUGCUCCUCUCUUUGCCAACCCAUUUCCAUUUGGCCAUUUUUUUUUGCUUCCUGUUUUUUGUAACCUAAGUACCAUUAAGCCAGCCAGCCAGACCUGGGAAGUUUUGGGAAUAUUGAUUUCAUGCCAAGGGAGGGAAGAGUGGUUGAACCAUGAGUUGCAACGGGUGCCGAGUCUUACGAAAAGGAUGCAGCGAGUCUUGUAUUUUACGUCCUUGUCUGCAAUGGAUCGAGAGUCCUGAAGCACAAGGCCACGCUACCGUUUUUGUUGCCAAGUUUUUCGGCCGUGCGGGGCUCAUGUCUUUCAUUUCCGCUGUUCCAGAAUCUCAACGUCCUGCUUUGUUCCAAUCACUGUUGUUCGAAGCUUGUGGGAGGACAGUGAAUCCUGUGAAUGGAGCUGUUGGACUCUUGUGGACAGGUAACUGGCAUGUUUGCCAAGCGGCAGUUGAAACUGUCCUACGAGGAGGAACUCUACGGGCGAUGCCCGAACUUAUGGCUCCAACGCCAGCAACCGAUGAAACAUCCGAAGCUACGUGUACGGACAUGUGGAAGUUGCAGGAAACAGCAACGAAUCUGAACUCAAACUGUCGGUUUUCCAAUUCAAGAUCCAAGGUUUCACCUAAGCGUAAAAGGAUUGAAGAAUUCAAGAAAUCACAGCCGUCCGAUCUAGAUCUUUGCUUGACUCCAUGCUUCACAGGCAAGCGAGUCCCGGAAAACAGACGACCAGGUACUCCGUCUAUGAACUCGGAGGAAUCUGUUACGACGACCUGCUUUGACAGUGGGUUUGCAGAUCAACAAGGACAAGGCGGAGUACCAGCAGAUAAAAAGCUACUCAACUUGUUUCCUUGAAGAGCAAAAAAGAGUUUUUUUUUUUUUUGUGAAUCUAACGUUUAAAUGAUCUAGUUCGGUGUAAUAUUCUUCUUUUCUACCACUAUCAUUUCUCUUUUUUUGGUAAUGAUUUUGGGUUUUAGAUUAUUUUUGGGUACUUCUGGGGACGUAUUUUCCCGGAAAAUGAUUUUUCCGGCGAGUUUUGUAAAUUGCCGGCACAGGAUUUCUCUCUUUUUCUUGUUUUAGUGUGUUAAAACUGUAAAAGAGAGAAAAAUGAGAGUUUGUCGGUGAUCCUUAAAAUCAUCUUUUCUUUUUGUUUUUUCCCCCCUCUGCAAUCUUCCUUUCUUCAUCUCUGUGUUUAGACAUGAUCGUGUAUGACAUGAAUAAAUGAAAGUUAAUUUUCCUUUUCGACAAA